GUUUCUCUUUUAAAUAUCUAUAUGCUUGCUAGAAAUCAGCUCUACCUCACCCACAUGACUGGUCUUCACUAUUAAUCCCAGCUGAUGGCAGGGAGGGGCUCUGGUGGGAGGCAGCCAUGUGGUGAACAUUGAGCUCAGUGUUUUCCCCCUGCUUCUCUCCUCUCCAGACAGGCAAAAUUGUUCUGUGCUGCCGUGGAUGUGAAGUCCUCGCUGUGCUGCCUCUGCCUCUUCUCCCCCAGAAACUCCCAGGGCCCUGAAUUCGCAGCCCCGGAGAUCCCAAAGAAAAAAAAAAAGCUCUGGCUGGAUCUGGAUGGAAGAUGGACCGGGAGAUGAAUAGCAGGAGGGAAGAAAGAGUGAAGUUGGUUAUUUUUCUGGCACAUGGAUGCAAUUACACUCAGUGCAUUCCAGAGGCGUUCCUUUGAAUCCUGUGCAGGUCUGCCUGCCGUUCUUGGGAGAAAGGAAGAGAAAGGGAGGAAAAGUCCCUCUGCUGGGAGACGGAAUGUCUGCAUUUUCAAUCCUCUUUUUAGCUUCCUGUUCUGUUUGGCUCUGCGAAGCUCAGACCGAAUUCAAGAGAGUGGCUGAAGAAAACGUGACCCUGCCCUGCCACCACCGCCUGGGGCUGCUGGAGCAGGGCAGCCUGGACAUCGAGUGGCUGCUGCACAUCUCCGAGACGGUGCAGAAAGCGGUGAUCACCUACUCCGGGGGCCGUGUUUAUGAUGACCUGAAUGAGGAGCAGAAGGGCCGUGUUUCCUUCACCUCCAACUUCCUUGCUGGAGAUGCAUCCUUACAGAUCAUCUCCCUGCAGUCCAGCGAUGCAGGGAAGUACAUCUGCAAGGUGAAAAACGCUGGGCAGUACGAAUGGGCUCGCAUCACCCUCAAGGUUGUAGAGAAACCCUCCAAGCCCAAGUGCUGGCUGGAGGGGGAGAUGCUGGAAGGGAAGGAGCUGUCCCUGCAGUGCCGCUCCGCCUCGGGCACUGCCCCCAUCUCCUACCACUGGCAGCGCAUCAGCGAGGAGGACGAGAGAGCCGAGCACCUCCCGCCCAACGCCAGAGUCAACAUUUCUAACCCAGGGCAGGUCCUGCUGAAGAACGUGACGCAGAUGAGCACUGGCUUGUACCAGUGCGUGGCCACCAACGAGGCGGGGCAGGAGAGCUGCGUGGUGCAGGUGACAGUGCAGCAUGCACAAAAUAUCGGCAUGAUCGCCGGGGCAGUGUGUGGAGUGGUGGUGGGGCUCUCCCUGCUUUUCCUGGUGGUGAGGCUGACGAUAAGGAGGAAAGAAAAGAAGAGAUAUGAGGAAGAGGAGGCACCGAAUGAAAUCAGGGAGGAUGCAGAGGCACCCAAGGCCCACCUCGUCAAGCCCAGCUCCUCCUCCUCCGGCUCCAGGAGCUCCCGCUCGGGUUCCUCGUCCACCAGGUCCACAGCCAACAGUGCCUCCCGCAGCCAGCGGACUUUGUCCACCGAAGCCACUCCCCACCUCACCCCUCCCCAGUACAGCCAGCGGCAGCUGGACAGGAAAGAGACGGAGCCAAAGAAAGUCGACUACAACAACCUGGUGAAGAUGGGAGUGACGCCGGUGAUGGUGCCUGCCCAGAGCCGGGCGUUCCAGACCGUGUGACUGCCCAGCGAGUGUCCCCUGUCCAGAACAAACACCUCACACACACCACCAGCCACGUAGCGAUCGUUAGGGUAGCUAGUUCUCUUCCUGGUCAGCUUAAUCUUAAUCACUUGGGAUUAUUCACACCACGAGAAGCCCUCCCACUCAGUUCUUUCUGAACGUCUUGCAGCACACUGAGGUUCUGAUACGGAAUUUUCUUUUACUGAAGAAAGAUAAGUUGGAGGGAAAAGGGAGCUUCUUUUUAAAUUAUCUUUUUUUUUUUUCCUCUCUUGAAAAUGGAACACUGAGCAUCUAAAAACUACGACAGCAAAGCGCUGUACGAGUGAAAAGAAGCCAAACCUCAGGAUUUUUUAAAAGGGAUCAACAGAGGCUUAAAGAUGCGUAAUAUUCCAGCGAGGUUUUGUGAGGAGGGAGAAGUCUCUUGGACUGGUUUUGGAGAAGUUUCUCAAAGAUGUAUUGUCUUAAGUGAAGAUUUUGAGGCUGAGGGUGUCCAGCCUCAAAGGGAACUGACAGGUGCUUCACAUUUUCUGCGUUCAGUGAAAUACUGGAGGCUGUAACUAAAGUGGAAAUGAAAGGAUCACUCCCAAAGAACAAGAGAUGCAGUAUUAAGGUGUCUGAACUAAACUCUGUACUAAAAAGAAAGGACCUUUUCUGUCAAGAAAACAGAGGUGCUUUAAUUGCCAGAAUAAACUUAACGAUGCACCCAGAGAUAGGGCCAGGAGCCUGACUCUGCUUUCGUGGGCAGCACUGCAGAGCCACGGGAGCCCCACUGGAGGGGUGUCCGUGGCUAAUGAGCCUUAGAGAGAGGAGAACUGGGCACUGAAUCCAGCAGGGAGGCAGGGCCCCGAAUGGGAAGGGCCACCAAUGUACCAAAAAGCCUGGAUGGAGCAUUUGGAAGAGCUCUCGGCUAUUGCCAGGUGGAGAAUUGGCCACGUUUGGGGGGAGCUGUGCUGGAGAAGCCUUAUGGAAAGUUCUUCCUGAGACUGAAGGAACAGCACUGCUGAGCUGACCCCCAGGGAAGGCUUGAAGGAUUCCCCGACAGAGGAAAACACACCUGGGACAGGUAAACAAGCACAAAACGCUGCUUCCAUUAGGAAACCUUUGUGUGCGUUGUCCCACUCCUACACCAAAUGCUGGGCCACGUGCUAGAGCUGAGGCUGAAACCUUUAGCAAGACUCCUUAAAAAUUGCAGGAAUUGUAAAAAAUAUUUUUUGUGAGCAACCAGGAUAAGCAUUUCCAAGGAAUAUGAAGUUAGGAAAGGAUGGGAGGUAGGGACAGAUGCAGAGUUCUGUCACUGAUAUUUUCCUCUGAAGGACUUGGCUCUGACCACUGCUACACACAAGACACUGAGCUUGUAGGUUCUAGAUUCCUGUAUUCCUAGACUGGUGAUUUUCUAUUUAAAAAAGAGGGUGUUUUGGGGUUUUUUCCCCAUUUGAGGGAGGGAAGGGGUUUCUCCAGUUUGUGGAAAGAGCCUACAGAAGAUGGAUGAGCACAGAAGAACCACAGAUCUCUAAUUCUUUCACUCUUGGACUGUCAUUAAUCUCCCUUUCUGACUGAGACCCGGAAUUCUAAUUUCUUUACUUGAGAUCUUUAACAACCUGAUCAAAGCCAAGCCCUGCUUGGGCUACUUCCACAUGGGAGAUAGUUUUCAAACUUGCCCUACACCAUGUGAGAACUUCUCUUCCUAGGAGCAGCCACCCAUUUCCACCAGAUGUACCAAAAUUCCAUUGCUUUCUCUACCCCAGAUUUAACCCUUGGCAGGACAAAUUGCUGAUGCCAUGCAAGGAAAACAAUCCCAAGUCAGUUUUAAAUACAGAAGACCUGCUAUGAGGUAUUUGACAAGCUGCUCCUCCCAUGACAGCUCCUGGUGGUGGAUUCUCUGUCAUCUCACCUUGGAUGCUCCGGGAGCACACCCCUGGAUCAGCUGUGUUUGAAGCAGCAGCUCUGUGUGUCUGUGAUUCCCCUGCAGUUGCUCUUUUCCUGAGCCCUGAAGGCUCAGGCUCUCCAAAGCACUCCCAAACCACUCCAGAGCUGGGAAAAUCCCAAGAGCAGGAAUAGGAUGGCUAAAGCAGCUUGUGGGUUCUUCUGUGGGUGCUCAUUGUGCUUAACAUUCCCUGUGCUGCACCUGAGGAUCCUCACUCCUGCACAGAGACCCAGGAGUGCUUUUCCCGUGCAUCCCUGAGCAUCCAGGAGCUCCUCACCACAAACUGAGGGUGACAAUUCCAACAGCUGAGGCUCUGGGGUAGUUUUGAGUCACAGCCCAGACUGGUAAUUAGCUGAGAGAGGCUCUGCAGCCUGGAGGGAGGAGAAUUUGCCCUGGCGGGCUUUCCUGGAGCGUUUGGGAAUGGGCUGCAGGACACAGCAGCCCUGUCCUGCAGCAGAGAAGCCACUCCUUGUGCCGUGAGCUGUCUGAUGGCAUGGGCUGAGAGGUUUGGGAGCCUUGGGGAAGGUCAGUCAGAGGUGCAGUGGCUGAAACCUGGUCUGGGGGAUCAAUCCUGGCUGCUCCAAGCCCUGUCCAGGUACCAGCUUGGAAUUUCCAAGCCCUGUCCAGGUAUCUGCUUCCAGCCCACACAUCAGGGAUUCACAGGGAAGGGGAAAUUUCAUCAUCCAAAGGGAACAGGAGAAAGGGAUCACUCCAAAGGUAUUCUAUUUUCCAAGUUCCAGACGACCAGGAGCUGCACAAGGGAAGCAAAUAAGCCAAACCCUGUUUUGUAAAAUAGUGUAUUAAAGCUUUUACUGUCAUAUACCAGCUAUUACUUGUGUGAUUAAAUGCCUACCAUGUUAUGUAGCUUUUUGUUUCUCAGCAGCUAAACUAAGCUUCCAUCUCUGCUACCUGCUAUGAUUGGUGUACUUGUACUGUGUCUGAACAACUCAGAGGAAAGCAAAUAUUUAUUAUUGAUUCCUUUGAAUCAAUGAUUUCAUAACUUUUUUUUUUUGUUGGUUGGUUGUUUUAUAAAUAAAGGUGCUGCAGCUGAAGUGCUGCAGCUCAACUCAA